AGGACGCACGCAAGGACUCAUAAAAGAAAGCAGAUUGCUUGCAUCAAAAAAACUCAUACCACAGUUAAACUAGAUUCAAAUUGAUCGAAUGGUAAUUGCCUUCAAGUUGGUUUCUUUUUGAUUCAAAUAUAAAACUAACAACAAAAAUAGAAAAACAAAACACUUUUCCGAGUUGAGUUAAAUUAUUCGAGAGAAUUGAAGUUGAACUAAAUAGAAAUUCAGUCAGUUGUUUUCGUGGUUCGGACAAGUUAAGCUGUCUAUGAAAAAAUCCUUUAACCAAAAAGGACUACUUCAGAGUUAGAUACUUUAAUUCUUUAUUUACCUUAUAUAAAAAUGACAACAAAAACUAAUGUGACAGCUUCACAAGCUACAGCAUUGAAGGGCGUAUUUCGUAAUGGCAGCUAUGUGAUACCAGGAGUUUACGAUUUAAGUGUCGAGGACACAAAUUGGGUGUUAACAUCGUCAUUCAUUAUUUUUACAAUGCAAACUGGUUUUGGCAUGUUGGAAUCUGGUUGCGUGUCAAUCAAGAAUGAAGUAAACAUAAUGAUGAAAAACAUCGUCGACAUAGUGCUGGGUGGGUUUACAUAUUGGCUCUUUGGCUAUGGAAUGUCAUUUGGGAGAGGUCCGCUCUCGAAUCCCUUCAUAGCAAUUGGUGACUUUCUAAUUGAUCCACCUGUUGGAGAUCCACUUAUGGGUCAAAUAUUUUCGGCAUUUCUUUUUCAAUUGUCAUUUGCGACGACAGCGACAACAAUUGUCAGUGGAGCCAUGGCAGAAAGGACUGAUUUCAAGGCCUAUUGCUUGUUCUCAUUUCUCAACACAAUUGUUUACUGCAUUCCUGCUGGAUGGGUGUGGGGUGAGCAUGGAUUCUUGAAUAAUUUAGGAGCGGUUGACAUUGCCGGAAGUGGGCCAGUUCAUUUAAUUGGUGGCGCAUCAGCAUUUGCAUCAGCAGCAAUGCUUGGCCCUCGAUUGGGACGUUAUGCAGAUGGAUACGACCCUUUACCGCUGGGUAAUCCUGUCAACGCGUGUAUGGGACUUUUUGUUCUAUGGUGGGGCUGGUUAGCUUUCAACUCAGGGAGCACUUACGGAGUUAGUGGAGCAAAGUGGCAAUAUGCCGCCAGAGCUGCCGUCAUGACCAUGUUGGGGUCUUUCGGUGGUGGAUUAACUAGCUGUAGUUACUCCAUGUGGCGAAAUGAAGGUCGUCUGGAUAUAAUUGACCUAAUAAAUGGAAUUCUUGGCUCUUUGGUUUCGAUCACUGCCGGAUGCUUCUUGUACCGUGCCUGGGAGGCUCUUGUCAUAGGAAGCCUGGGAGCACUUUUGUGCUGUAUAUCAAUGCCCUUGUUCGACAAACUAGGUAUAGACGACCCUGUUGGAGCGAGUGCAGUUCACGGAGUUUGUGGAAUCUGGGGUGUGCUGGCUGUUGGGCUAUUUGCUGAUAAUCCAGUUCCCCUCUUAACAACCAAAGGUCGAACGGGGUUGUUCAAAGGUGGAGGUUGGUAUCUAAUUGGGAUACAAACACUUUCGGUACUUUGUCUUGCUUGUUGGGGUAUUUGUUCGACAUUUCUGUUACUUUACAUUGUAAAUAAAAUCAUACCCAUCCGGAUGGAUCCAAAUGAAGAACUCCUUGGAGCUGAUUUGAUGGAGCAUCGUAUCCGACACUCUCAAAUUGGUCUAUCUCGAGCGAUAUCAGCUUUGGCACCGAUUAAGAUUGAUAUGGAAGAGAUUAUGGGAAUAAAACCAAUCGGUAUAAAUCCUGGUCAUGAGAAGAGUCUUGAUGAAUUACGAGCUGCUGAAGAUAAACUUAACCAAUGGAAAACUUAUGUUGACCAAAUGGGACCGUCAAAGUCUAAAAGGCAUGUUUCUGUCAUUGAUGAUACUCAAAGGUCAGCUAUAAGGAGGAAGAGUAUUGCUGGCAAUACUUUGUCAAAGAAAAUCAAUAGCUUACGUGGCAAGAAUCCAGAAAGAUCGGACCAAUUUGUUAACAACGAUAUUGGAGGUGGUGGUUAUAAGAUGAAAAAUUCAGAUGUCUCAACAUUGUCAAAGGGAAAAGAUAGUGGGAUGUUUGCUUGGAUUGAUUAAGUUUUGAAGGUGUUUGUUAUAAGAUUUAAUAAUAGCGUUUAAAAAAUAAAUUAUAAAUAUAGAAAUAUCGAAAAUAAACAAAAUUAUUUUAA